AUGCGACAAGUGAAUGGCGGCUAUGAAGCAAAGGAACAUAGAAUGGCAGAGUACUUAAAGAAGGUGCGAGAAAAAGUGGCAGCCUUCAGAGAAUUUGAGGUGAAACAGGUACCACGUGCAAAGAAUGCUAGCGCAGAUGCACUGUCGCAACUAUCUACCUCAGACUACAUAGAACUGGGAGGCUCGGUAUAUUUUGAGAAUGAAUCCAUUACUGAAAUGUUUACACGUUUUACUGAUAUUGUGAAUAGUCUUAGAAGCUUAGGUAAGACUUAUACUAAUGCUGAAAACAUUAGAAAAAUCUUGAGGGCAUUACCAACAGCUUGGAGACCCAAGAAGACUGCGAUAGAAGAAGCUAAGGAUCUAACAAAAAUAUCCCUUGAUUACUUGUUGGGAUCCUUACAAACUCAUGAAGUGGAGCUAAAGGCAGAUAAGCCUACUCCUAAAAACAAAAUAAAGACUAUAGCAUUGAAGACUUCUCAAACCAUUGAGGAAGUAAGUGAUGAUGAGGACGAUGAAGAGUUCAAUAUGGAAAAGGAAAUAUCUCUCAUCACAAAGAAGUUCAACAAAUUCUUCAAGAAGAAGGGAAGAGUACCAUACAAGAACAAAACUCAUAGUAAAAUGUCCUAUGGAAAAAAGGUGCGCUUGAAGAACAAGAUUGAAGCUGAAUGGGUGAUAGAUAGUGGAUGCUCAAAGCACAUGACAUCCACCAAAAAUCUGUUUUCAAGCCUACAAGCCUACAACAGAGCAUGGGUCUCUUUUGGAGAUGAUAGCAAAGGGAAGAUUGCUAGAAUUGGAAGAAUUAAGUUGGGAGAUAUUUCCAUUUCAAAUGUAUACUAUGUAAGAAAUCUAAACUACAACUUGCUUAGUCUUAGCCAACUAUGUGGUAUAGGAUAUAAAUUAGAGUUUGAUGUUUCUCAUUGCUAUAUCAAAGAUGCAAACAAUGACUUUAUCCUAAAGUGA